AUAAGUGAAUAUGACUACAAAUUAAAACCAUUCUCCAUUUUGGUAACGAUUUAACUAGCAUCCAUUCUUAUAAGUAACUUUUCCUUUUAUUUCUAGGGUGGUGUCAAAGCAAUAGUAUACACAGAUGUCGUGCAAACUAUAUUUAUGUUUCUGGGAAUGAUAACGACCGUGGUUAUCUGUGUCCUGGAUUUCGGCGGCCUGAGCAAUAUCUUCUCGAGAGCCAGUGAAGGUGGGAGGAUGGAGUUUUUCAACUUUGACCCAAGUCCCUACGUACGAUACACGUUCUGGUCUGUGCAGGUCCUUGGCUUCUACACUGUGAUUGGAAGGUUAGGAGUCAGUCAGAUGGGCUACAUGCGGCUCUCCUCUGUACCGUCUCUUGCUAAGGCCAAAAGAUUGUGUUCUUAUUACUUCGUGGGUCAAUGCGUCCUGUGGCUGACAUUCCUCUUCUCUGGCCUCGUGGCCUACGUGGCCUACAGCGACUGUGAUCCGCUGACCUCCGGGAGGAUAGCCGAACCCGACCAGAUUCUGCCCUACUUGGUGGUCAACAAGAUCUCCCACGUGCCCGGCAUGGCCGGACUCUUCGCUGCAGCCGUCUACAGUGGCAUGCUUAGGUGAGGCCUGCUCUGAGC